GCUUGCUCACUCACUGUAAGCGUCAUGUUAUGUCGCAAAACUUCAGCAGUUAAAAUUGAUGGCAUGUUUCAUUUUAUCCUCUGUUACCUGCUUCCACCUAAUUGUUGCCCCUGUCUCAGUCAUAUAAUUUUGCUGUAUUCCCUAGAGAGGUGAAGAGGACACCAGCAAGGGAGAAUGCUGUUUCUUUAAGAGAGAGAGGGAGAGAGGGAGCGAGAGAAAGGGAGGGACCUCUUUGCCCUCCAGAAACCAGGAAGGGAAUUGAGUUGAUCUACUGCUGGCUGUUUAGCGCAUACGAGGCUUUGAGAAGCAGGGACAGCUAAAGUGAGAGAGCGAGAGAGAGAGUGCUCUAGAGAGGAGGAAAGGAGGGACAAGCAAACCCACAAAAGCAGCAUCACGGCCAUCACAGCUUGGCUCUGCUUGAUGGCUGGUCUCUGUACUUUUAAUACCUGGCAUCCUGCUAGCAACACACCGUAGCAUAUAAUUCAGCUCAGAGUGCUUACGUUGAACCAGGGCUCAGAGCUGUGGGAUCGGUGAAAGUGGACAGCUUGGGACUUGUAGUCCGUUGCAGUGGCCUAGAAGCAGUCAAAGCAACUCUGUAGGACUUCACAUCCCAGAGAGCUUUGCCCUUGGCCAUACAGGAAAGGAAACAGCCGGCAGCCUAUCCCAAUGGGGAGGUGUGGUAUUCUCCUGUUGGAUUUAGAUGGAGUAGCUCAAUUUACCACUCUCACCCCUACUACUACCUUCUCCAGACAGGCAGACGGACAGACGGCAGGACGGAGACCCGGGCGGCGGCUGCGAUUGGCGGCUCGACGGCAGGCUGGUGGAAGAUGUCGUCAGGGGCCGGUGGGCGGGCGUGUGAGGCAGAGGAGGGCCCAGUGGGCGUCCCCUUUCCUGAGCACAGCGCUGACCUGCUGGAAGGUUUGAACCGGCAGCGACUCAGCGGCAUGUUGUGUGAUGUGCUGCUGGUGGUGCAGGAGCGUGAAUUUCCUGCCCACCGCUCAGUUCUAGCCUCCUGCAGCUCCUACUUCCACAAACUCUUUACCUCAGGCCUGGCUGCUGAGCGCCAGAGUGUUUACGCACUGGACUUUGUGCGUGCUGAGGCGCUUGCUGCACUGCUGGACUUCGCCUACACAGCUACACUCACCCUAAGCCGUAGCAGCGUAGCCGACAUCCUGAGUGCUGCCCGACUGCUUGAGAUCUCACCCGUCCAAGACGUCUGCACACACCUGCUUGACACCAAAGUGCUCUCCCUUCCGACGGGCAGCGAGCGAAGAGAGGAUGAGCUGGAGGAGGACGGAGAGUGUGGGCGGAGCAGCCGAGAGCAGGGCAACCGGCUGCGCGCACGCGAGUACCUGGAAUUCUUCCAGCGAGGGGCGCACUGGAGCAGCAGCUGCAGUACGCCAGAGCUCAGGGACAUGUCUGCACACCUGCACUUUAGCCAUCGCAACGGCGCUGACAGCAAUGGCAGGCUGUCUAACUACUUCCCUCCCCCAGGCCCAGGGCUGGCGAUGCACCCUCCACCAGACCCGGAGGACGACCCUGAUGAGCAGCAGGACACCAAGGACGUGCUGAUCUGGGCUCGAGGGAAUGGCACUGAAGGGCUCUCGCACUUCUAUGCCCCAUCAUCACAGAAUGGACACUUCUACCUCCAUCAAUCUGAGCCCAAUGCAGAACGCAAAGCAGAGGUGGAGCACGAGGUGGAGCGAGGGCCUGCCAGUGCUCUCCUGCAGCAGAUGAUGGACUCUAUAGAGCGGCAGAAGGAGAGACCAGCUGGGGCUGAAAACGAGGGCGCUGACGGAGAGGAGCCUGAUGUUGAGUUUUACUUGAAGUACUUUAACAGUGUGCAGCGUGAAGAGGCAACCGUUCCACUCUGGGCCUCAGUGCAAGGUGGAGAAGGUAGAGGAACUGGAAGCCAACCUAGCACAGGGAACGCCAGUGGCGAGAGAAAAAUGCGCUCCAAGGCCUUCCAGAAGUGCCCUAUUUGCUCCAAGGUCAUCCAGGGUGCUGGCAAGCUACCCCGCCACAUCCGCACGCACACCGGAGAGAAGCCCUAUGAGUGUGCCAUCUGCAAAGUGCGCUUCACCAGACAGGACAAGCUCAAGGUUCACAUGCGCAAACAUACAGGAGAGAAGCCUUACCUGUGCACACAGUGUGGUGCUGCCUUUGCUCACAACUAUGACCUGAAGAAUCACAUGCGCGUACACACAGGCUUACGCCCCUACCAGUGCUCCAGCUGCUUUAAGACCUUUGUGCGCUCGGAUCAUCUCCACCGCCACUUGAAGAAGGAUGGUUGCAACGGCAUCCCGUCUCGCCGUGGGCGCAAGCCUCGCGUACGAGAACCAGAUGUGCUUGAAGCCCCUCUGGACCCGACUGGCGCAGGGCCGAGAUCCAUGAGGGGCCAACUGCAUCCUGAGGAUGAGGAUGAGGAUGACGAGGAGGGCAUCAGUGUGGUUGUUUUGGAAGAAGCUCCAGAGAGCAGCACACACAGCCCGCUGGCUGACAGAGAGGCUAGAGGAGAUGCAACUGCAAGGCAAAGAGACGCCACAACGCCAUAAAUUACACACUGCUGGUGUUGCACAGAAAUGGGAGAAAAAAGAAAAUCAAUCAAGAGAAAAAAAAAAGAAAAAAAAAAGCUACAACUCCAUGCUUCUCUUUUAAAAACCAAAUCAGGGUGUCCCAAAAAUCUCUUCAUUUACAUCUUUCUUUCUGUUUUUUUUUCUCCCCCUUUAACAUUCAGCAUAAAGACCUGAAGCCACAGUUACUGGCCUGUUGAAAGAGUGAAGAGCACUUGACAUCACUCACCUGUGCUGUCUCUGUCUUUCUGGGUGUUUAUUUUUGAUUUUGCGUUCUUAAAUUAACUUUGGCGUAAUCGCUUGUCCAUAUGCAUACGAGACAAUGGAGCUACUAUGCAGUUAAACAGGUUCCUCAUCUCUGGGUUGUGUCCACAGGGCUUUGUCUUAAACAAGUGAGGUGUCAAACACCUGGCUGACCACAGCUGCUAAUGCAACAGGUAAACCGAGCGAUCCAAGAUGUGGGAGAAGCAUCAAAUGAGUCGUUUUUUUUUUUUUUUUUUAAAUGCAGUGGAAAAAUAUGUACAUAUUCCUUCAAGAAAAGGUUCUAUUGUCUCAGAUCAAUAUGGCAAUAUUAUGCAAUUCUGAUGCAGCACCUUCUUUAUAAAUGUUCCAGAAAGAAUCAGACAGGGGUUUGAUUUUAAGUGUUACUUUCUCGAUUUAAAAAAAAAAAAAAUCCAUGGUUAUAUCUUUUUAAAAGGUAUACGUUUUCAGUCAAAUCAUAUUAGGCCAUGGGAGGAAGAGAUGGGAUGAGGUUCUGUGUUUCUGAAGCACUACCGUCAUCAUUUUGCCACUGAGCAAAACCAUGUUGAAUCUUUUACCUCUCACAAGCCUGUGGGGUUUUUGGGUUGUUGUUUUUUUUGUCCUUUUAGAAUUAUUGGUUUUUUUUUUUUUUUCUUGUCUUAUUUUUGUCAUUGUUGAUGUUUUCAUUUGAAUUGGCUGUUUUGGGUACUUGACACUUUACAUUAUCUACAUGUGUGUGUAUAUACUAGGUGAUAAAGAUAUUGGUCCCUUUAUAAAAGGUUUAUUACAGAUCGUUAGGGUUAUAUCUUCCUUCGACUUCACUCCAGGCUUCUCUCUGAGUGAAGCUUACAAAGGGUGAAAGGCUGUUUGAAUGUAUGAGAACAUUUAAUUGAGGAACCCAUUUUGUCCUAAACUCAGCACUUGACGGAACCGGCAAGUUCCAUCCCAAAGCAUGAACCGUGAUCUGCGUGCGCGUGUGUGUGUGUGAGAGAGAGAGAGAAAGACAUGUUGAAUGAAUCUGCCAAGGUUUGCCAGCUCAGUGAGAGAGAGAGAGAGAGAGAGAGAGAGAGCAAGAGCGAGCGCUGUUUUACAGACAGCUGAUGCGUAAAGGCCGAGAAUGUUUUCUCUUUUCAUGCAUGGGAAGGAAGGAAAGAGAGAUGAGCACCUUUUAUGCAUUUGCACAGCUUUACUAAAGAUUUAAUCCCAGUGGACAAAGAAAAAGAGAUUUCUAUUUAAGAGAGAGAUGGGAAGUUAGUAGUACUUGUUCCAACAUUCUGCCCAAGGUACCACAAUUCCAUGGGACUACCAGGGUGAUAAGAUGAGCAAUAAAUACUUGUUUGGAUUGGGAGGCCAAUUCGGGGGGAGUCGACAUUCCAUUAAUUUUGUGAGUGUUGAUCUCUGGGAGGUUGCAACACUGUCCUUUGGACACAUCCUAAGCCACAUAACUCGAUCUCUGGGGCUGGGAGCGUUAGCAUGUCAGGUUUGUGGACACGUCCAAACAUGCUUCACUACAAAAUCUGGCAUUGUGACUCCAGUUACAGUUGCCUCCCUUUUUAUUAGAAAGAGGGGCUGUGAUCACUAAAUCUUACGAUUCCAGAAGUGCUUGAUGGACUUUACAGACCUCAGAUAGAGUUGCCUCAUUUGGAGAAUACAAAGGAAAAUCUUGGUGUAAUUGCUGGUGGCAGUGACGAGAGAAUAAAGUUUUUAAUACUGUUUGCGAGGCAGAUAUCAUCACCCACUUUGCCAUUGCUGCAGCUGCAGUGCUCUGCCCAUUGUUUCAGUCCUUUGCACCUUAACGGGAGCAGCAGGUUUUGAUUGCACUUUGUUACUGAGAAGGGCACUUUUUUUGUCAAAAUAAACGGGUACUUUGAAACAAAAGAGAGAAUGUGCUAAAAAAAAAAGACAAAAAAAAAAAGACACCCAUCCAUGUCAUGAUGCUUAGCUUGGUUCUUUGUUGUGGUUUUAGGUUUUUGACGACUGGCUGCCAAAAUACAAUCUGUACAGUCACAUGUUGCAGGGUUAUCAUGUUGAGUUUCCGAAAUGGUGUGCAACCUUGAUUAGAAAACAAGCAGACUUUUAAAAAGACACCCUUAAAUAGAAGAUAUUGCCCUUAUAUCUGAUUGCACUUGAAGUUUUCAUUUGAUGUAUAAAUUUUUUUUCUUUACAUACGUCUUAAUGCAGAAUGGGGUCAUUGAGGGGGUGGGUACAUGCUUGUGUGUGUUUGUGAGAAUGUGUGUUUUGGUGCCUGCGUGUCUGCAGGGGUCUUCCAGUAAUUCUUAAUACGUAUAUUCCAUUUAGACAGUUGACCAGUUCAUUACUCUGGUUUAUAUCAUUAUGUGCAGAGAACAGACUGCCUCUUAUAGUCUAACUCCAAUUUUUACUCAAUGAUGACCUGUGUAGGGUUUGUAAUAAAAGGGACGUGUUUGGUUAAUGUUGCUCUUGCAAGGCCACACCCUAAGUAGUGCUCACUACAGAGUGAGCUUAAUUUGUCCUGACCCACAUUAUAUGACCAGUCUGUCCAGAAAUUCCAAGAAUUUUUAAUGCACUUUGGGUUGAUUAUUGGAAGCGCGGCUUCUGGCUGUUUGUGAACCUAAAUCCUACACUAAAACAUUCUGUGACUCAGCUUGCAGCUGGUCGAUCCAUAGAGCAAGCUGCGUUUGAUGAAAAUUAGCCACAGCCCAAAACCAAGCUCCCUUAUGACUUAAGCAAGUUGAGUAGAAAUCAUUGAGAAAAGGAAAUGUACUUGAGUUCUUUCUUUCAUUAUUUCUGUCCUGUUUGUGAUCUGUUGCUGCCUGUUUACUAGAUGAAAUGAGUCUUUUCUUUUUGCCCUGCAAGGGUUGUCGCUACACUUUUCUUUUAAGUUAACAGCUCUUGUAUGAUUUGAUGUGUGUACAGGGGAGGGAUGGGGUUUGAAUUUGUAUCAUGGAAAUGGAUGAUUGUUUUUGGUGGCUCAGCUGGGGGUGAUAUGUAGCCUGAUAGCACUGGAUAUGGUGCUUUAGCUGAAACAGCAAGAAUUUUUUGCACUAAAAGUCCUUAAAUAAGAAGGACUGGUUAACUGGGCAAGGCCUUUGAGUUUCCAUGAACGCAGAGCUGAACGCAGAGCCUGCUUUUUUUUUUUUUUUAAACUUCCCUUUAUUAUUAUUAUUAUUAUUAUUAUUAUUAUUAUUAUUAUUAUUAUUAAUUAUAAAUCCAAAGUAGGUAAAGGCCUGGAUUACUUGAAAAUAUUUUAACUCGUAUCUGAAUAAGCUUGCUGUCUCUUUAUUACUUAAUUUAAUGAUUGCAUCAGAUAAAAUUUCCAAAUAACGGCAACAUUAUUGAGCAACAUAACUUGUUUAAAAAUUAGUGUGGUUAAAAUCCAAAGCACAUACUACAAGUCAGCAAAACCACAACACAGGGCACAUGAUGGUAGAGCAUUUAGGAAACUGUCUAACAGUCUACUCUUAACUGGAUAAAACUCUAAAUACCCGAUUUCACAUCUGUCUGACCUAAGUAAUGACACAUCUGUAGGUUCAUAGCAGCUCACUGGCCUUGUCUGGGAUUUAAACAUUGUAUAAAUGGGUCCACAAGGAGUCUGGGGGAGACUGUGUAUAAACCUGACUAAGCAGAGAGGGACUAAUAAAUAAAUAAAUAAAUAAUGUGUUUUAUAUAAACAGAUAUAUAAAAUAUGUUAAUGUCUUUAAAUAUUAUUAUAUAUAUAUUUGUGUCAUUUCGCCCAGUCCUAGCGCUCUGGGCUUCAAUCCUCUUCAUAGAAGGUUGAUGUCUCAGUUCCCUUUUAUGACUCCUUAGAUAGGCGCUACACUGAGAUGGUGUCUUUCUUUAAAAGAAAUUGUCACUUGUAAUAUCCAAAUAUUAAUUUGUCUUUCUUUUUAUUUAUUUGUCAGGUUCUGGACAAGCAUUAAAAACACAUGCAAUGACAGUGAUUACUGUAACAAUCAUGGAAUGAAAAGUAGUAAGGGUUGAAAAUGGUCAUAUCUGAACUAUAAAUCAGCAUGCCAAGGGUUGAAUUCUGACUAGGUAUAUGCAAGAUACAGAGAUUUGUGUUGUAUUUCUGCACAUCCACGGAGAGACUGCUGUCUGUUGCUUACAGGCGCUUUGCACUAGGAGUCCUUUGUAGGUGUGGGAACCAGCACGGAAUUGGGAGUAGCAUUUUUGUAUAAACACAGGUAGUUGUCGCGUUAUGUUCAGGAAUGAAUGAUGCCUCCCCAAGCGUGUGAUAGCUUCAGAUGUUGUGCUUUUACCAGUCAUUGAAAUGAUGCUGAGCAACAGUGCAUGGUGUUUCGUUGUGUGGUCGCACACAAGUCACUGUUGUGGAGAUUAUGGGUAAUCAUCUAUUUUUUAAGUCAAUUGCUUCUCAGGUUGAAAACACUGCAGACCAUUGGUUUGGUACCACCCCAUAGUUUUUGCCUUGCAUCUAAUCAAAGCUUUAUUGUACAAUUUCUGUCCAUGUCAAGAUUUAUAUGUACCAAACAGACCUAUGCACCCACAGUCCCCCUCACUACUCUGCUUAUCGUGUGAAUGCUAAGGUUCUCAAGUAAAAGAGAAUCAAAGAGUUAGAUUAUUAGACAAAAACAUCAAACUGCAGGGUGAACAUCUUUCCCUGAGCUUACAGUUUGAGCUGGCUACAUUCCUGCCUCUGGGCCACAGAAUAUCCACAGUAGAGAGAGUAGUUUGUGUCAGAGAGACUUUUUGCUGGUUUUUUGUUUUUUGAAGCCACCAACAAAUCUGGGAUUCAUUCCAUAACUACAAAAUUCCCACUUAAAACGAUGGCAGGAGAGUAGAUAUGGUUAGGUCUGAGGGAAGAGAAGUGAUGUGUUUCUUUCCCUCUGCCUUCCUUCAGUCCUGAGGUUAGCAAGUUAGGCAGCAAGAUGAGCCUAUCAAAGCCAUCAUGACGUUUGCAGAUUGGCAACUGUAACAAAAAAAAGGCACUUUUAUGUGCGUUCUCCAUUGGUUUUAAUGUUAUUGUUGCUGUUUUCUUCUCUUUUUUUUUUUUUUAAGAUCUCAUUGUGGAUAUGGUGAUUUAUUUAAAUGCAAAAAAACUACAUGGAAAGAGAAACUUGAACGUGCUAAUAUUUGGGUUGAAGUCCUUUUGAACUGCCGCCCCACUAAACAACAUGCAGCUUUAGACAAACACGGCAAAGUAACGAACAACAUCAGCAGUACAUCAUACAGGACGUGCUUUCUAAUACGACGUUUUUGGUGGGAAAGACAAGACUAUAAAUACGUUUAAAGGACUUUCCAGAAUUCACAUGUACAGCUUAAAAAGUUGCAGUUUAGAAUGGUACUGUGGUGGCCUUGGUCCCCUCAAGCUCAUCCAGGGUCUAGCUGCACAUGCUCAUGUUUAACAGUGUCAAUCUUCCAUGCACAUAUGAGGCCACAUAUGACCUCUUUCUAUUUUCCUACUCUAAUGCUAGUUUGUACAAGCACACUAUAGUAGAUUUCAAUCACUUGUUAAAACAAAUUUCAGUGGUUAGAGGGACAAAUAAAAUAUCCUUAGGAAUAUAUAGAAUAUUUUUGUUGAAUCCAUACAGAUUAUAUAAUGUGUAUAUAAUUAUAUAAAAUGCAGACAGGCAAGAUAAACAACAUAUAAGAAACAGUAAUUCAGCAAUAGCAUCUUGGUUUAAACCCUGAUACAAGCAUUAGGGCACAUUCUAACAGUUCACUUAGGCAAACGUUGGGGCGGCAGAAUAUUUCCCAGUAUCUCAGGCUUGGACGGUAGCAAUCCUGUCCUUUAUCCGCUUAAAUUAAGUCCUAUUCCUUUAAAUUGUCAAUGUCUGUUGAAGCUACGGAGGGAUGGGCGAGUUUGGGAGAAUUUGCACUUUUGCCGAUGAAAAGAAUUUGUAUUGUAUAUGAGACCACUAAAUGUGCAUCGUCGAAAUCAUGUAAUUCCAUUUUUUUUUCUGGUUUUUGGUUCCAUUUUAUUCUGUUGGGUUUAAUUUUUGUUUCGUUUGUUUAUUUUUAUGAAAUAUAUCCAAAAAUGUCUGGUGUCCUGGUUUAAGAAAUAAGAUCUUUCUAUUAAAAAAGAAAUGUUUAUGA